ACGGCGAGCUUGCCACGUUGCAGAGAGUGUACGGCUCUGGUCUCGCUAUGCGCCAUGCGUACGGCAAUGCUGCUCCUCCGAUGGCUCGGGCUUCUCUGUCUGAUCACAUAUGCACCUGCAAGCGAGACGCCCGGCAGCCGACACACGAACAAUUGGGCUGUCCUCGUCUGCACCUCUCGCUUCUGGUUCAACUAUAGACAUAUGGCCAAUACGCUAGGGAUGUACAGGACCGUCAAACGACUGGGUAUACCGGACUCACAUAUCAUCCUCAUGCUCGCCGACGAUGCCGCCUGCAAUCCGCGCAAUAUGUUCGCAGGCACGGUGUACAGCAAUGCUGCCCGAAUGCUCGAUCUCUACGGGGAAAACAUCGAGGUGGACUACAGAGGCGAGGAAGUCUCUGUGGAGAACUUUAUCCGCCUGCUGACAGGCAGAGUGCCGGAGGGGACGCCCAAUUCGAAGCGUCUCAAUACAGAUGAGAACUCAAACGUCUUCGUCUACAUGACAGGACACGGCGGCGACGAGUUCCUCAAGUUCCAAGAUUCUGAGGAGAUCUCUGCUUUCGAUCUGGCAGAUGCAUUCGAGCAGAUGUCGCAGAAGCAUCGCUUCAACGAGCUCUUCUUCAUGGCCGACACUUGUCAGGCCAAUACCUUGUACUCCAAGAUCUACACGCCCAAUGUGCUCGCCACCGGCUGCUCGGCCAAAGGAGAGAACUCAUACUCCCAUCAUGCAGAUCAAGAUAUAGGGGUUGCGGUCAUUGACAGAUUCACUCACUUUGUCCUCAAUUUUCUCGAGGGCGUCAACAAGACCAGCCAGACGACCAUGCAGUCUCUGUUUGACCGCUAUUCUUUCGAUGAGAUGCACUCCAAUCCUGGCGUCCGCUCAGACCUAUUCGAUCGCUCACUAGGGCAAGUCCUGCUGACUGACUUUUUCGGCGGCGUAUCGGCUGUCGAACCUCUCACACAUCUCACCUUACAGCCCCAACCCAACGAUUUGCCAAAUUGGACAUAGCGCAGAGAUCACAUUGCGCGAGAUGUUGUUGUGACGCCAUACUGCAAAAGAUCGCUGCAUGUCUAGGCGAGUGUACAAGCAGACUGCUUGUGGGGAGAG